CUGAGUUUUACGUACAUCGAGGAUGCGUUGCGCGCAGGUCUGAUAGGAGUACUUACCAGGUACCCGAGAGCGAGUCGACGGACGGCGGCCAGAGCAAGUAGCAGGAGAGGGAGCUGCGGUAGCUCGGCAGGUAUCUCGUAAUGGCCAACGUCAUAUGCCGAACCAGCCCGACCUCUGCUUAACCGCGUCCGUAUCCGACGCUAACUUAGGCUCGUAAAAAUCCCCAAGAACACGACCCCGCGCCACCAGAGCCAGCCCAACGAGGCCUACUAUUAUUCUCUGCGUAGACCGGUCGAAGAGAGAGAGAGGGGGGACAGCGUCAUGUCGACCUAAUGAAUUUAUCUCGCGCUAGCUGGUUCGAUGUGAGAGGGCUUGCUGUCUGGUUCUGGGCGGCUUUGACGUGCCCAGGGUAUACGCACGCAUAUAUAUAUAUAUUCCCACCUCCCUGGUCUCACCUAGGCCCGUUGAUCUCAUCCUGUACUCUAGCUCCCAACGGUGACCUACGCAUGUCCCCGACCUGCCACCAGUGAACCCAUCCCAGUCGUCGCAGCGCCCCCGUCCGUCAGUCCGUCAAGAUGUCAGCCAAGCAUUUCAUCAACGACCCCGCCCUCCUGGUGAACUCGGCCCUCCAGAGCCUCACCCUUACCAACCCCUCCGUGGCCCUGGACGCCGAAAACAAAAUCGUCUACCGCCGACCCACUGAGUCCGGGCCGUCCCAAGUCUCCGUCAUCAGCGGUGGCGGCAGCGGCCACGAGCCGAGCUUCGGCGCUUUCGUCGGCGCCGGCCUGCUGUCUGCCGCCGUCGCCGGCACCAUCUUCGCGUCGCCGAGUGCCGAGCAGGUGCGUCGCGCCAUCACGUCGCGCGUCGACACCGAGCGCGGCGUGCUCGUCACCGUCAUGAACUACACCGGCGACGUGCUCAACUUCGGCAUGGCUGUCGAGAAGGCCAAGGCCGCCGGUCUCCGCGUAGAGAUGCUCGUGGUCGGCGACGACGUCGGCGUCGGCCGCGCGAAGGGCGGCAAGGUCGGCCGCCGCGGCAUCGCCGGCACCGUCCUCGUCCACAAGAUCGCCGGCGCCCUCGCCGCCCAGGGUGCCACUCUCGACCAGGUCUACAAGGUCGCCCGCCUCACCGCCGAGAACCUGGUCAGCGUCGGUGCGAGUCUCGAGCACGUCCACGUGCCCGGUCGCGCGGCCGCAGACCCGAAAUCGGCCGACGGCCUGGCCCUCGGCGAGGUGGAGAUCGGCAUGGGCAUCCACAACGAGGCCGGAUCCGGCCGCGCCCGCGUCGAGCUCCCCCAGCUCGUGAGCACGAUGCUAUCGCAGCUCCUCGACAAAAACGACGCCGACCGUGCUUUCCUCAAUGUCAACUCCAACGAAGUCGUCCUGCUCGUAAACAACCUUGGCGGAGUCAGCAUCCUCGAGCUGGGAGGCAUCACCGCUGAGGUCGUCAAGCAGCUAGGUUCCUGGGGUAUCCAGCCCGUAAGAAUCUUGACCGGGUCCUAUAUGACGAGCCUAAACGGACUGGGAUUCAGCAUCACGUUACUUAAUGUGGUCAACACGGAAAUCGGCGGGCCGAGCAUGAUCCAGCUUUUAGACUACCCCUGCGAAGCGACCGGGUGGGCAGCACCAAUCUCGAAGAACACUUGGGAGGCAAAGAACGUCGCUACCCGGGGAGACACGACAGGAUCCGACCAGGGCGUCAAACCGAGCGGCCUCAAGGCGGACCCCACCACGUUCGUCAGCACCCUGACGUCGGGGCUCCAGGCCGUCGUGGCGGUCGAGCCGGAGGUGACGAGGUACGACACCGUGGUCGGAGACGGCGACUGCGGCAUCGGGCUGCGGCGCGGCGCCGAAGCGAUCCUCAAGCACCUGAAGGAGAGCCCGCCGACGGGCGACGCGGUGGUGGACGUGGCGCAGCUGGUGACGGUGGUGGAGAACGUGAUGGACGGCACGUCGGGGGCGCUGUUCGCCAUCUUCCUCAACGCGCUCGUGCACUCGCUGCGCGUGCUGGCGCCGGGCGACGCGACGACCCAGGUGUGGGCCGGCGCGCUGAAGCAGAGCUGCGACGCCCUGUCGCGCUACACGCCGGCGCGCCCCGGCGACCGCACCCUCGUCGACGCCCUCUACCCCUUCGUCGAGGUGCUCGGCAAGACCGGCGACGUCCGCAAGGCCGCCGAGGCGUCGAGGCGCGCCGCCGAGGGCACCAAGGGCAUGCGCGCGAGCCUCGGCCGCGCCGUCUACGUCGGCGGCUCCGGCUUCGAGCAGGUGCCCGACCCCGGCGCCUGGGGCCUCGCCACCUUCUUCCUCGGCCUCGCCGGCAUAAAACCUUACGAGGAGGGCUGGGAGACGGUGUAGUUGGGAUUCCUUCACAGAUCUUGUAUCGUAGGAUGAGAUGCAGCAGUAGCGAGCGUUCGGGGAGGGAAAAGAGGUGGCAACACUAAAAAGUAGCAACAAAAAAGUCAUGUUUAAUGGUAGGUAUCUGUUUUCUAUCUCCUUUCUCCGGCGGCCACGGCUUUCUUUCGGCGCUCAAUCCGUUCUCAUAAGUAGUUUACCUUCUCCUUCUUCAACUACUAUUACCGUGAUGAGCACACAAGUAAUGUGA